GCAUCGCCGUGACCGCCGAGCUUGCAUCCGCCAGCGCUGUGCUGCGACCUUCUCCCGAGCUCCUUGGUGUCGACGACGAUUGCGAGGACACCGCUCCCCGCCACCCGCAUCCGCUUCGUUUUCUCGGACAGUUCGACUCGGCGCCAAGGACAGCGGCUGGCCAUUGCCCUGCAGCAUUCGCCUGAUCGACUGCAACUCCUUGCCCUGCACCGACACGGCGAGCAAACACUGCCCCGUCCUCCCGCCUGGUCGCAUAUGCAGAGCGCCGAUCGAUGACCAUCGUCAGCGAAUCCGAUCUGUACCAUGUGUACGAUCUGAUCAUCUCCAACUCGCUCCAGGCCGAUGCACCGGUGGUGAUAUUUGUCAGCACAGACGUCGAUGCGCUAUGUGCAUGCAAGAUCCUCUCGACCUUGCUGAAAGCCGACUGCAUACCCCACGAAGUCAUUCCCGUAGCCAACUUCGCACAUAUUACGAAGACAAACGACACCAAGAUCGAGAACAACGACCUGAUUCGCACCAUUAUCCUACUCAACUGUGGCGGGCUUAUCGAGAUCUCAAACUACCUCCAACUGCCCGAAAACGCCGUGGCCAUCAUCCUGGACACCCACCGACCCCUUGGCCUGGACAACUUGUUUGCAAAUCAUCAGACCAUUGUCGUGUACGAUCAAAGCGUCUCUGAUUUCGAUGAGGUUCAAAAGGCAUUCCGAUCCCUCGAGGGACUGGACGACGAGGAGGAGACCGGAGACGAUCGCAAUGUUGAAGAUUCCGAUGCGCUGGAGGGUGAAAACGCAAUCACAAGUGCACAGCGUCCGAAGGCAGAGACGGAAGACGGCGACAACAAAGUUGACGAUGAUGACGAUGAUGACGAUGAUGACGAUGAUGACGACGACGAUGACGAUGACGAUGAUAGUGAAUCUAGUAAAGCUGGUGACAAGGACGGCAGCGACGAAGAUAAGGACGAAGACGGCAGCGGUGAUGACGAUAAUGACCAAGAACAUGGUCGGAAACGGCCCAAGCUAGAUAUGGACGAGGACCCAGCUGUAGCUGAAGCCGUCAGGCGCUCAGUGCAGUCGCGACGACGAGCGAUACGACGACAGCGUGAGGCCAACCAGGAUCUGAUCAACAAAUACUACCGGAAAGCCUAUCGAGGGAUCUCUGUGGCGUGCUUGAUGUACGCCAUGGCUGAUCAAAUGAAUCGAACCUCGAACGAGCUGCUGUGGUAUGCCAUCAUUGGGCUGACGGAUCAGCUCAACAGCGAGUACAUCGAGACCAAACGGUACCUCGAAAAGGUCGAAGCCCUCCGGCUCGAUGUUGCCCGCUUUAACCUCUCGACCAGCGAAGGCGCCGAGGCGGGCGCCCUCGACCUGGAUCUGGACGACGGCACCAGCGGACGACGCUACAAAAACGUGCAGGGAGCGGACGACUACAGCAUCGUGUGCGACGACGAGUUCCGAAUCAUGCUUCUGCGGCACUGGAGCCUGUACGAGAGUCUGUAUCACUCGAGCUAUGUGGCUGGCAAGCUUGGCAUCUGGACCGAGAUUGGUCGGAAGAAGUUAUGGAACAUGCUGACGACGAUGGGAUUCCCUCGCAGCGAGUGCGAGCAGCUGUACAAAGAAAUGCUGUUCACAUUCAAGACGCAGAUCCACCAAAAGCUGCUCGGCGUCGCCCCCAAGUACAACAUGAACGAGCUCGUGUUUCCGUCUUUCUUCAAGCACUACGGCUACAAAUCAACGCUGUCGGCCGCGGACGCCGCAUACUCGCUCUCGGCACUCCUGGACGGCGGUGCACAGUGGGUCCGCGAUCAUGCGAUUGCUGGAUACGUGUCCUCAGGCCAUCUGUCGUCGAGAUCCGAGCGGCGGACAGGCGGCGGCGGCGGCGGUGGUGGUGGUGGUGACGAAUCAACGAGUGCGGCUGUCCUGUCUGGUGUUGGUGUUGGCACACGGACAGGUGCAGCGGCGGUGGGAGUUAAGCUGCUGGAGAUCUCCAAGGAAAUCGAGCGGCGUGAGCACUGGAACGAAGAUCACGACGGCGACGGCAGUGUCGAUGACGGCGAGCAAGGUGACGACGACGACGAAGACCAAGACAUGCCGCAAAGCCGACGCGAAAAAAGCAAGCAAUGGAUGGCCAACUUUUAUGUUGCCUACGAUGCCCUAGACAACGUCGACUUGCUCGUCCACGGCAUUCAGUUGGCCAUGUAUUUCCAAAAGGCACUUGUCGCUGCAGGCCUGACCAUCAUUCGGAAGCGGAUCACCAAGCACAACGAGCACUUUCGCUUUUGUGUGCUCGCCGGCCUCGAUCUCGGAUCUGUGCGAGCGAGUGCCCUGGCCGUCGGCGGAGGCAGCGCCAUGGGAGAGAGCUCCUUUCAACUCUUCGCCAACAGCCCAAAUUACCUGAACCGCCUGGCCAUUUUCUUGAACGAGGCGUUGAAGGACCAAGUCAAGCCCGACGGGACUAUCUUGCGGCCACUGCCACUGGUCGUUGCCGUUUUGAAUGAAGAGACGGAUCGAUUCCUCGUCAUCGGACUGCCCAAGCCCAGCCAAAAGAUGCGUAUUGCGAAAAACCCGUUCGCGCUGGCCUUUCAGAUGGCAGCCGACAACGCCAACGCCCGUGCUCGAUUCGACAACUUUGAAGCCUCGAUCAUCGAAGUGGCCAAGGAGGAUAUGAUUACCCUUCUGGAGGGUAUCCAGCAGUUCCUUCGGCGAUAGAGAGGCCCGCUGCUGGCCGAGCUGCUGUGGAUAGGGAUGAGUUUCUGCCACCUGUGACAGGCUCCUUGCGGGAGCAUUCCUUUCUUGAUGCAUUCGUGAGAU